GUCGGUCUUCUCCCGAAAAAGCCCCCAAAAAGUCAUCCCUCAUCUCUCCAUGAAAAUUCCAUUAACGCACCAUUAGCCCUCCUUUCUUCUUCCUUUGCCUCGCUCUCUAAAUUUUAGGGUUUCAAUCACUUUCCCCUCCUCGAUCUAUUGACUAUUCUCCGGUCAAUUUUGCGUUUCAUCGCUGUUGUUGAUUAUGGCUUCCAGCGAGGGAAUGGAAGAGACAAAGAGCCCGGAGGCCCAUUUGACAUCUGCGGCAGCUUUUGUGGAAGGGGGCAUCCAAGAUGCGUGUGAUGAUGCUUGUAGCAUAUGCCUUGAAAACUUCUGCGAAAGCGACCCAUCUACAGUAACUAGUUGCAAACAUGAGUUCCAUCUCCAGUGCAUCCUUGAAUGGUGUCAGAGAAGCUCACAGUGCCCCAUGUGUUGGCAGCCAAUCAGUCUGAAAGAUCCUACCAGUCAGGAGUUACUUGAGGCUGUUGAACGGGAAAGGAGCUUCAGGUUCAAUCCACCUAGGAAUACCACUAUAUUUCAUCAUCCAACUCUUGGGGAUUUUGAGUUGCAACAUUUGCCAGUAGGCGUGAAUGAUGCUGAGCUUGAAGAGCGAAUUAUCCAGCACUUAGCUGCUGCUGCCGCAAUGGGACGAGCACGCCACAUUGCUAGAAGAGACGGCCAGAGGAAUAGGUCCUCAGCUCAAGGCCGCCCGCAGUUCUUGGUAUUUUCAACUCAUGCUAAUACAUCACCUACUGGUGCUGUUUCUUCAUCUCCAACUCAGAGAGCUGAAGGUGAACCAGCUCCUGCAAUCAUAAUAGGCACUCCAUCUUCCCCUCGUAGAGCUGCCGAGGAAGAGUCUUCACAAUUAAAUACACCACUACCUUCUGCCCAAGCCCAUCAGGCUUCUGGCUCAGCACCUGAAUCAAGUAUUCUUGUUUCUGGUCAACAUGGCAAUCCUUUGAACAAUAGGAGGUCUCCUAAUCAGUCUUCUCCAAACAAUCAAGACAAAGCAGGACCAUCGGAAUUCCAAUCUUUUUCAGAGUCUUUAAAAUCCCGAUUUAAUGCUGUUUCAAUGAGGUACAAAGAGUCAAUUUCAAAGAGUACACGGGGGUGGAAAGAAAGAUUUUUCUCUCGCAACACCUCCAUGGCAGAUAUUGGCUCCGAAGUUAGGAGAGAGGUCAAUGCUGGAAUUGCAACAGUCUCACGCAUGAUGGAGCAUCUGGAAACCAAAGAUAACAAUAGAUCUGGUGAUGCUUCCGGUUCAAACAGUUCUGGUAAUAGCUCAGUUUCAGAAUUGAACAACCAGCAGAUACCACAGGUGGAUGGCAGCAAUGCCUUAAAUGAAACCAGCGUGCAAGCCUCUUGCACUGCAACUUCUGGUUCAAAUUAAGCAUUAUAGAUAGUUGCAUGAGCAGAAAGCAUUUUGUUGCCAAAGACAUCAGAUGCGGUGGAUAAUAUUUUCGCUCGUUGAAAAAGUGAUUGGUAAUUGAGAUCCGAUUCAAAAAUAAAGCAAGCUGGAAAGGGGGAGGCACUUUCGAUAUGGAUAUUGCAGAAACAGUAGAUGAUUGUAAAUCAGUUUAAACGUAAAAUCUAAGCUUACAUGUUUCUUUUAAAAAAGAUAGUUUAAACUUAUAUAAUAUCUAUUGAAUUCUGUAUGGUUGCUGCUGGCCUGCUCUUUUAGAUGUUUGUGUGUGAUUGCAACGAAGCAUACAUGGGAAGAAGAUUCCUUUUAAACCGAACUUUUUAGAGGAUUGUAGCUCACAGGAGAAUAUAAAUAUAUCUGUACAUGAUAUGAUGACUUAAGGGUUGAAGCUGGCAGCUGAAGCCCAUUUAGUAAUUUAAGCAAAUGCAGUUCCAUCGGAUGCAUUUGCCUGUAUGUGUUUGUGCU